AUGGAGGACCAGUUGGUACAGCUUCUUUCCAGCACGCAGCUGUCUGAACAGGGUCCCAGGCUACAGGCCGAACUCGAGUUGAAGCGCGCUCGAACGAAUCCCGCAUUUCCCCUGUCUCUCGCAAAUAUCGCCGCCCACACCUCGAUUGAUACCAACAUCCGUCAGGCUGCACUGAGCAACCUGCGACUUUUUAUCGAGAACAACUGGAACAACGAUGAGCCUGAUGACGGACCUAUCAUCCCUAUCUCUGAUGAGGCGAGAGGCCAGCUCAAGCAGGUCUUGCUCGACCUUGUGUUGAGCCCGGAGGACGAUCGCAAAGUCAAGAUCUCAGCCAGUUACGCCGUUGGCAAAAUCGCCGUCCACGACUUCCCCGAGCAAUGGCCAAACCUCCUCCCCACAGUUAUCUCUGUCGUCCCGGCCGGCACCGAUUCACAGCUUCACGGCGCCCUGCGAUUACUCAACGAUAUAAUUGAAGAGAGUUUGAGCGAGGACCAGUUCUUUUCAAUGGCCCAAGAUAUUGCCAAGGCUCUUGCUGAGGUUGCCCUCAAUGAAAACCGAAAGCCCAUGCACCGAGCGCUCGCUAUUUCCAUCUUCCGAGGAUGUUUUGAUCUCCUCAAUAUGAUUAAGGAGGACCACGCUAAGGAGGUUCGCGCUUUUGCGGACGGUCUUCUUCAACAAUGGAACCCCUUCUUUAUUACCGUUCUACAGAGCCCUCUUCCAGAAGCCAACCUAGAGAGCGGAUCUCAACCUGACUCUUGGAGCCAUAUUAUCGCUCUCAAACUUCAGGUUGUCAAGACGCUCCUCCGAAUUCGACGCGUUUUCCCUAACCUGCUCCUUCCCCAAAGUACCAUCUUCUUCAGUGCAGUCUGGAAAGAGCUCUCUACUCUGCAGGGACCGCACGAGCAGCUCUAUAUCAAAGCGGAUGCCCAAGGACGUCUUGAAGACUCGGACAACCUUCCAUAUACCUUGGACUUUCUCAUUCUCGAAGAGUUGGACUUCCUUAACCAAUGCUUCAGAGCCCCUCCUGUGCAAGCCGAGCUGGACGGUCACCUCAAUGCUCAUGCCUCAGCUUCAGAAGUUCCCUGGAUGAAGGAGAUUAUGAACAUGCUUAUUGGUUAUUCGCGAGUGACUCGGGAAGAAGAAGACCUGUGGGAUAUCGACUGCUCCCUGUAUCUUGCUGAGGAGACCUCUGUGACUGCCAACUAUACCGCACGAACUGCUGCAGGGGAUCUGUUAAUCAAGAUGGGUGAGUGGUUUAACCAGAAGGCGAUUGACGGCCUGUUUGGCCAAACACAGGCCCUAUUUGGUGGCGAGGUUUCCGACUGGCGCAGUCAAGAGGCGGCGCUCUACCUCUUUGUCAUGCUGGUCAGCGACUUCCAAGACAUGAACAAGGAAAUUCCCGAAGUAGUGGCCCAUGCCUAUCUUUCCCUAGUUGACUACGCCGUUAACCGACGCGGAGAACCUCUUCUCCGCGCCCGAGGUUAUCUCGUUGCUGGUAUGCUUUGCCGUUCUUUCCAGACCCCGGUUGAGCUGUUGGACCGCAUCAUCACCUCCAUCACUCAAGAGGAGUCUGAGGUCGUGCAGGUCGCCUGUGUCAAGGCUGUCGAAGGUUUAAUAAACGCUGGCCAGGUGUCUGCCGACAGGCAGGUUCCUAUUAUCAAUGCCAUCCAAAGCUACAUGAACAACAAGGACCCCAGUGAUAUGGAAGAUGCCGACGAACUUCUCGUUACGCUCGCUGAAGCCCUCCGCGCUGCUAUUACUCUCGACAAACGCAUCGCCCUUUCCAACGAUGUCAAGUCGGUUGAUCUGCUUUUCAUGCUAGCCAAGCUAGGCGCAAGCAACUUCCAAGUCACUAUGCUGAUUUCCGAGGCAUUUGAAGAUAUCGUUGCGGAUCUUUCUGACCCUGAAUCUUACACAGCUCUCUGUGCAAAGCUUCUACCUACGCUCACUGGCGCCUUUGAUGUCGCCAAUCUCACCGAGGACAACCCUCUGGUCACUGUUGCCACCGAGCUAUUGGCCGUCUUGGCCGAGAACGGACCAGAGCCUCUCCCCGCCGGUUUCGUCGCGGCUACAUUCCCUAAGCUGAACCGUCUUCUUAUGGAGUCUACCGAGGGAGAAGUCCUCCGACCUGGAUCUGAAGUUGUGAAGUGGAUGCUCCAGCAUGAUCAUCAGCAAGUUCUUGCUUGGCAAGAUGCCAACGGCCGUUCUGGUCUAGAGGUUUGCUUGCACAUCAUCGACCGACUCCUGGGUCCUUCUAUUGAGGACAACUCAGCGUCCGAGGUUGGCGGUCUGGCUGCCGAGCUCGUCGAGAAGGCUGGCCAGGAGCGCCUUGGUCCUUUCUUACCUCAGCUUCUCCAAGCUGUCGCUAACCGACUUGCUACUGCUCAGGCUGCAGCCUUCAUCCAGUCUCUUAUUCUUGUCUUCGCCCGACUUACCCUCUCUGGCGCUCAAGAUGUUGUUGAGUUCCUCAGCCAGGUUCAGAUCAAUGGCGAAAGUGGCCUGCAAGUUGUCAUGGCCAAGUGGCUGGAGAAUUCUGUCAACUUUGCUGGAUACGAUGAAAUUCGACAAAACGUCAUUGCUCUAUCGAAGCUUUACUCUCUGAAUGAUCCUCGACUGGCCCAGACACAAGUCAAGGGCGACCUGAUCGUCAACAACGACGAUGGGCUUAUUAAGACACGCUCACGCGCAAAGCAGAACCCAGACCAAUACACGAUUGUUCCUGCUUCCCUCAAGAUCAUCAAGGUCCUCAUCGAGGAGCUUCUGUCUGCAUCUGGCCAACGGGCUGCUGCGAACGCUGCCUCUGCUGCUGUGGCCUCUGCUAGCUUUGACGACGAGAAUGACGAGGAGGGCUGGGAGGAUGAAGAUGACACUCUUGAUCUCAGUCUAGGCACCACGAAAGCUGACCUGAUGUCUUUCAUGGAGGGUGGCCAGCGGCAGCGAGACGACGAGACUCAAGCCUAUCUGACCGACUUUUUCAUCCGUUGCGGCCGCGAGAACAUCGCUAAUUUCCAGGAGUGGUACAACAUGCUUACAGAAGAAGAAAAGUCGAAGCUCAACGAGGUUGCCGCUAGUUCAGCUGGACAAUAG